AUGGCCAUCCAAAGCAAAAUCACCAUCCACAAAAUCGCCCCACCCACGAAGACCUCCACCAUCGACUUCGGCGCCGAAAUCCGCCACGCAGACCUCCAAAACCUCACCCCGUCCGACUUCCAAGUCAUCCGCCGCGCCCUGUACGAAAACCAAGUCAUAAUCUUCAAAAACCAACAACACCUCCCGCCCUCAGCGCAAUACGAACUCACCCGCCUCUUCGACCCCACCGUGCAAGCCUACGGCCACGGCAAAACCCUCGACGCGAAGAAGAGCAUCCUCCACCCGGACCUGAAGACGAUCCCGCAUCAGCCGCAGGUGCAGGUGAUCGGGAACGGCCCCGUGGCGGAGUUUGAGGGGUUGAGGGAUAUCACGCUCAAGCAUCCGCAUCAUCGGACUUUCCAUAGGGAUGUUAUCUCGGAGGGAGAUGAUCGUGAGAAUACGCGGUUCUAUCGCUGGCAUAUUGAUGCUGCGCUGUAUGAUCUCAAUCCGCCCCGUGUGACGUCCCUUUUGGCAGUAAGGGUUCCGAAGACGGAGUAUCAGAACCUGCGGUAUGAUGAUGGUUCGGAGGAGGAGUUGAGGGUGCCGAGGGGGAGUACGGUUUUCGUGUCCUCGUAUAGGAUGUUCGAGCUUUUGUCGGAAGAGGAUCGGGAGUUUGCGCGUACGACUAGGGUGCAGUACGCGCCGCAUCCGUAUGUUUGGAUGAGCCUGGCGAAAUCCAAGACGGAUGGGUUGGGGCUUGUGUCUGAAGGGAAGGAGUUGGCUUAUGAGGAAUUGCCACCCAUCGAGGAGGAGAAAAUCAAGAUUCUGCCCAUGUGUUGGCGGAACCCGGUCACAGGCAAGCUCGCAUUGCAGGUGCAUCCAUCUGCGGUAGAGAAAUUACACCUCAAAGACGGGACCGUUAUCGAUGACCUCGAGGAAGUCAGAAGGAUCGUGCAUCGACUUCAGAGGCCUGGGAUCGCGCCUGAGCUCGUCUACGCGGUGGAUUGGGAAGAAGGCGACCUGGCUCUGUUCAACAACCACGGCGUGCUGCACUCCGUGACCGGGUCUUUCAAGCCGGAGGAAGUCAGGAUUUUCAGGCAGUGUAAUCUGGCUGCGAGUGAGGGGCCUUUGGGGCUGGAGGAGGAGGAGGUUGUUUGA